CUAGCCCCAGACUUCUCCAGGGGUUGCAAUCGAAUCCAAUCACCCCUCCCGCCUCGUGGGCACCCCACCGGCGUUGUGCGAAUGGCGAGCUAGUUAUGGCCUAUGCUUCUCUCCUUCGCAUGAACACGGUUCCUGCUGCGACACACAUGGAAGUCAUCGACAGAAUGAAUGGUAUCGGCGUGCCGGGCGCUCCCCGCGCGAGUCAACUGUCUGGCUCAGCAACCUUCCCGGCUACCAAUUCCAGCACCUCGCUGAACUCGCUCUCCACCGCCACGACAAUUGGCGCGCAGCCAAAUGGGCAGGUCGUGGCAACCACCAACAUCAUCAAUCAGAGAGCCGACGCAUCCCGGUCCCUCUACCAAAUAUGCGUGUCCUUGAAGCAGAGGCUGGCUAAGGUGCCCGGCUUCGAACAAUACAUGCAGCAGCUCGAAGAGAUGGCGGCGGAUCCGGAUGAGGGCGGCCCGGUCGAGUCUUUGUGGAAGCUCCUUCGCACAGGAUACCCGCUCCUCGCCAUCUACAAUGCCCUGCAGCCAGAGACGCCGUUGCAGGUGCAGGAAACGGGGGCGUCGGAGGCCAAGCGGUCAAAGAUCGCCAUCCUUAGGUUCGUUGAGGCCUGCAAGUCCAAGCUUAUGCUUCCGACAACGGAGGUCUUUAUUAUUACCGACCUGGCAGGAAAUGACACCACAGGGUUUGUGAAGGUGACUUCGGUGAUCAACCAUGUCCUCGAUCUCGCCGAGCAACGCGGCCUGCUGCUUCAGGUCCAGCCUUAUCCCGAAGACGACUCGAUGCAGCCCGGUUCGCAAAUGAGCUACCGAGACUACAUCGUGCGUGAGCUAGUAGAUACGGAGCGGAAAUAUGUCCAGGAUCUUGAGAACUUGCACGACCUGAAGAAAACGCUGGAACAAAACGGCAUCAUCCCCGGCGACGUCGUCCACAACAUCUUCCUGAACAUCAACGCAAUUCUGGAUUGCCAGCGCAAGUUCCUCAUCAGGGUGGAAACGACAAACUCGAUGCCGCAAGCGCGCCAGGAGUGGGGCAGCCCGUUCGUUGCGUACGAGGAAACAUUCAAUGUGUGUUACCAGCCGUUCAUUGCAAACCAGCGGAAGGCUGCACAGCUUGCCAGUCAAGUAUUCGACAAGAUCCAGGCCGCCGAUCACCCCGUUGCCUGCGAUUUCAACACUCUCGACGGGUUCCUUCUGAAGCCUAUGCAGCGACUCGUCAAAUACCCACUUCUUCUGAAGGACCUGCUCAAGAAGAGCGAGGACGAAGCGGCCAAGGCAGAUCUUGCAGCAGGGAUAGAGGCCGCGGAGCGGGUGCUACAGAAGGCAAACGAGGCUGUUGACCGCGACCUGUUGGACGAAGCGAUGGAAGAUCUGAUUACCCGAGUCGAGGAUUGGAAGAAACACCGCGUGGACCAAUUCGGAAAGCUUCUCUUGCACGGGGUCUAUACUGUCAUUACUGGCAAGGGCGACCAAGAGAAGGAUUAUGAGAUUUACCUGUUCCAGUGCAUCCUCCUGUGCUGCAAGGAGAUCGUACCGGGAAAGACCAAGGACAAGAAAGACAAGACUCGGUCAACAGGGGCCAAGGUACGCAACAAGAACGCCAAGCUGCAGCUCAAAGGGCGCAUUUUCAUGACCAACGUCACGGAUGUCGUGGCUAUGUCGAAGACCGGCUCGUAUACCGUACAAAUAUAUUGGAAGGGGGACCCUGGUGUGGAGAAUUUCAUGAUUAAGUUCCAGAACGAGGAGACCAUGAAGAAAUGGGCGGCAGGUCUCGAUCAGCAGCGGAAGGAGAACGCUCCUCAAGCCCAACAGAAAUCCGACAAAACGGCUCCGGAAUUUACGUGGUUGGCGGGUGCGGACAACUUGCAGAACCCCUAUGCCAACCCAGACGAAGAUGAAGACGACGAUGGCGACGAGCCCAACGGAAGCAUUGCCGGGACGACUCUCAGAGGAGACUCUGUCCCUCCUCAGUAUGGUGCACCAGUCAGCAUACCUGGCACAAUGCCACGCAAUGCUUCAAAUCCUGCCUUGUCGCGCCAACGGGCGGGAACAACCGAAAGUACGCGCGUGCCACCUCCGCGAUUCCCGAUGAUUCCGCCUGCAACACUUCCGAAUCUUCAGACUCAAGUGCCCGGUCAAGCGUCACCACUCCCGCGCGCGGCAGAGUCUUACUUCUCACCUGUUACGGAAUCCCCAGCGUCGUCGAAUCGGACGAGCACCACAAGCUUCGGGUAUCCGUUCCCGAAGACUACCACGCCCCAACCGUACAAUCCCGACGAUAGCAACCGGUAUACCGCCCCAGCCAUGCCUCGCGCACCUUCCCGUGACGGCUCAUCGCCAGCUAACGCUUGGGGUGCCAACGGGCGCAACCCUCGAGGGCCUUCGAUGCCCGUAAUGCCCCGCGAAUCGGCGCAAGCUGCUCAGCUGGCACAGCAACGCAGCCGAAGUUACAGCACACCGGAUAUCAACGGGCAGCCUUCUCGUAGUGCGCAGCCCAUCCCAGCAGUGCCCGGUAUUCCGCCUCACCUUCAGCAAAACCAUCCCCCUUACCCCACGCAUGUCCGGCAUGACUCCAACAUCCCGCGCAGCAAUACGGGUAGCCCGGCAAAUGACCUCCCACUGAGGACAAACACGAACUCUCCAGGGACGCAGCGUACAAGGCAGUACGGGGGCACCAUGGCACAGUUCCCUACUCAGCCAGUUUAUUCACGCCAGGGCACGCCUGCAAGUGUAAACAAUCUCCCUCCACCAGGCCCUCCGCCGCCCGGCCUCGCGCCGCUUGCCCCGGUCGAUCUGUCGAAAUCGAUCACUCCAGGAUUGGUGACGGCGCCCCUCACAUCAAGUCACUCAAUGAUACCGCCAACCCCUGAUAUCGCGAUGCCUAACCAGCUCAAGGUGAAGGUGAACUAUGAGGCAGGAAACUAUUUUACUCUUGUUGCUCAGUUCAACAUCACCUACCAAAGUCUGGUCGAUCGCAUUGACGUCAAACUCGCUCGGCUCACCAACAGUAGCAUCGCUAGAGGCGAUCUGAAGCUGCGGUACCGGGACGAAGACGGCGACUUCGUGACGAUCGAGAGUGAUGAUGAUAUCCAAAUUGCAAUUUCUGAAUGGCGGGAGGGCCAGGGCAACACACCGGGCGGCCUCGGCGAGAUCGAGUUGUUCUGUGUUGGCGAUCUGAACUAAUUUUCAAGACGGAAGACCAAAACGAAACGGGACAAAAUAGUGGAAGCGAUUCUUCAUCGUUUUAGACGGCACCUCGGGGACGACAUUUAAAUUCGGUUAUUCCAUCGGCAUAUUUCACUACAUACCUACCUUUUGCGGCUACUUCGCUACUUGCUUGCUUACCUGCAUUGGGUCUCCGCAUGGCGUCUGGAGGGAUCGUUGCAUCCAC